AUGCUGGCACACGAAUCAGGAGCGCCGCAGCUUGUCAGGCAGUUGGAUUUGGACGAGGCCGCAGCGCCAGCAGCGGUUGGGGCCGAGGACACGUCGCUGCCUGCGCAGUCGCCCGCAGCUCCCACUGCCCACCCGCCGCGGCAGGCGCCGCCAGCGUCGCCGCCAGGAGCACCCUCAAGCAGCGCUGGCGCGCAGCAGGUGCUGUCGCCCACCAAUGGGCGGCAGCCAGGGGCGAGCCGCCGGGAGAGCCUGGGAACCAGUGCGGACAAGCAGGCUGCCGCCGCAGCAGCAACUACCGUGCGCAGGCGGCGAACAGGAGUGGCCUUUGCCGAUCCGCCGGCCUCCAUCCUGCGCCGGCCGCGGCCGCAGGAGCAGCAGCAGGAGCAGCGGUGGGCGGCAGGCGGUGAGCAGCCGAGCCAGCAGCUGCACGGUGGUGUCGAUGUGGAGGAGCUUGCCCGGCGUCUUGAGGCCCUGGGGCUGGCCACACAACGGCAGCAGCAGCAGCUGGAGCAGCGCGAUGCCGAGAUUGCACAGCUCAGGGAGCAGCUGCAGCAGACAGCGCAGGUACAGGCACCGCAGGGGGCUGUGCGCCGCCGCGCGGCCCGCCUGCAGCCCCCGCAGCUGCCGGGCUCUCUGGAGAGCCCUACUGACAGCGAGGCGAGCGAUGUUGUGCCAGCGGCGGGAUACCGCCGCACCCGCAGGCCAGUGCACCUCAGCAGCAGCGACAGCAGCAGCGAGGGCGGCCUGGAUUCUGAGGAGGAUUGCGACUCAGCUGCCCCUCGGCUGCGGCAGCGGCCCUUCCGCCCGUCCAACCUGGCCAGCCGGAACGGCACGACGCAGCCAGCAACCGCACCGGACCCUCGCCGCCAGCAGCAGUCGGGCCGCACAGGCGCUGCCGCGGCACCAUCGGGCAGGCAGCUCCUGCCGCCUGGCUCGCGCACACCUUCUGCGCUGCUGAUGUCCAAUGGCGAGCUGCUGCACAUGCCCUGGGACGUGGUGUACGCGGUUGUGGAGGAUCAGAACUGGCAGCACGCUCUGUCGGUCAAGGUGGAGCCACGAGGCGGCACGCUAGGACCCCUGGAAAAGCCAGUGCAGCUGGAUCCUGAGAAGGAAUUCUGGGUUUCCAGCGAAAGCCCAAACUUGAGCGUGCUGGCGGCGCUGCCGACUCUGGGGUCCCAAAAGCCAUGCCUGAAGCCAACCCGCAUGGCCCUUAAGUUGCACCUGGUGAGCUGGCAGGCGGCGCUGGGCGGCGUGGAGGAUGCAGCUACGGAGGAGGUGUUUGCCUUUGAGGCGCGCUACUCUAGCAGUGCUGGUGGCCAGCAGGUCAUGAAAGUGGCGCGCAUCUCGGCGCUGGCCAAAUGGUCAGCCCGCAGCGCGCUUGCAGAUGGCUUCAGCCUCUACAGCUUUGUGGACCCGCUGGCGGCAACGGCGCUGUACGAGGUAGCGCGCAUUGUUGUGCUGGCACGGCAGGGAGAGGAGGUGUGGAGUCAGCUAGAGGAGCAGGGCAAGCUUCAGAUUCAGAUUUUUAGUGUAGAUUUCUUUGGCAGUACUGCGAGCGGCCAGCACGCUGUGGCCCGCAGGUGA